AGGAAAAAUCAACAGGAAAUCCUCAGACCAUUUUCCUCCCCCUUCUUCGCCCGUAACGGACCUCCGAGGAGAACAGCCACAGCUUAGAAUUUGUGCAUCUUGCUCAGAAUAGCUUAAAACGAACCUCCUUAAACUUAGAAAUUGGAGGAUCGUUUCAGGAGGUUCGUUUUUAUAGACGAAGAAAAAAUACUGGGACUCGUGCGUUUCGUGGAAACGAGAGCGCGUCGAAGUGUAUCAAUUGCCAUAGCAGUAUUUCAGUUUAUCAUAUGGCAGGUUUUUCAUAGCACGAAAAAGCAAAAUGCGAAAUAAGGAGGAGGGGUGCAUGUCGAUCCUCAAUAAGGACCAAAAAAAGGUAAUGAAAAUCCUCGCAGAGCGUUUGACAUCUGGGAAGACUGGACAGCAGUCUUUGCCGGACAGGCUCGACGACUGGAUGGGGGAGGCGCUUUUUGUGGGGAGCUUUACUGAUCUCGCCCAAGAAGAACUGCAGGGCAUACUCUUAUGAGCUGGAUACGAGUCUUUUACACAUACUUGCUCUGAGGCGUUGUUCCUUUUUAUUCGAAGUGAUAGCGCAUGAAGGUACAGCAAGUAGAGCGUGAUGACGGUCGCCGAAGCCAUAGGUUGAUAAGAUUAAUUUGCUUCUCCUGGUUGUAACUCCUCUAACACAUCAGAAAAAGAAGAAGUUGGUAGGAGCAGGGAUCACCAAUGUACGCCUGUGGGUCCAGCCCCCGGAUCUUUAUGAGCUCACACUUCAGUUACUGUAUCUUCUAGAGUUACACUAAUAAUCCAAUUCUUAAUCUUAUAUUCUUGGUUGUGGUUCAUUCCAUUUCCAGUCCGUCAGAAUCACGACUCCUACUUAUGUCUAUCCCUAUGUCUAUCCCAGUCUGAGAGAUAUUACACCUGACUACCGCGCAUUGUUUCCCACGGCUUUCAUUUAAACGCGGAGGAAGGGCUUUUGCCGAAGUCCGCGGCUCCGAGGCAGAUUAUGGCUGACGUGACUUUGAUGCCUAGCAAAACGACCGACAAUCCGAGUACCUGCAAGCGAUACGAGCUCCCUGCCUUUCUCUACUACAAGGAUGUGAAGGUGAAUGACGAGAGCGUCAGGGCCCUGCCGGGGUCGGGCCAAAUUCUUACUAGGCAGCAGAUCAUGGUGAGCGAAACUGCCGGGCGAAAAGUUGGUACCUUAGUCUUUUUUUCAAUAUGUGUGGCUGGACCAGAACUAUGCAAGAUUGUUAACGGGCGAUGAAUGCCAUACUUACAUCAAAACAGAAGAUAUCACACAAAAUACAGACUCCAUUCCUCGAAAAGAAACGAAAGCAGCCCCCAUCUCUUUCAAACAGAUUUCUUCCCGUUAAUCAACUCAUCCACAGGAACCGUGUGUACAGAGUUUGACGUCAGUCUCGCCGUCCCCAAGGUUGCUAAGAAGGUCUUGCCAGAGUAUCUGCAGAGAAACUACCUUCAACUCCCACGGGGCCGGGUCGAACCGCGGGUGAUAUGGAACCCGAUUAAGCCUAAAGCAGACAAAGAAUUCGCCCGCACUUUCUCCUUAUGUCGCGCGAGUUGGUUGUGAGGCUUCUCUCCACUGAUUAAGUUGUUAUGGCCGCGCUAGUGUUAGUUAUCAGCGCGGCCAAUAGAGGCUCGCGACUUUUCAUCAAUCUCGCGACUUUUUUUUCAAAAGUCGAAUUUUUGACAGGUUUCAAAAGAAGUUUCUACAUGUUAUGACGCAGCCCCGGGAAGCUGCAGAAAUUUGCUUUCAGCCUCUAAUCUGAAGCGCCGUCGAAGGAUGCGUCAUGCCGGUAAAGGCGCAGAAGGCCGACAUAUUCAAGGUGACUGCAGAGGGGAGCCGACUCUUCUUCAAGCGGCGCGUACUGAUCGGCACACACGAAGUGGGGAACUACGAAUUGGAGGCCAUAUACUCGUGCGAUGAGAACGGCCAAAACCACGUUGUCUUAUUCGAUCCGUUCGACCAAAGAGGAGUGCGCCAUUCUCGUCCCCCCAAGGGCCAAAUCCUCUACGAGGCUUCCUUCGACGAUCCGCCAGGUAUCCUCUCUUCUUCUCGACAAUUCUUCUGACAAUUCGUAUCAAAUAAGUCUGGCACUUCUUUUUUCACCAGCGCGCGCUAUUAUAGUAUACUCGCAGCGGGCUAGUUAGCGAAGGUCUUCCAUCGUUCAAAACAAAGAGCGUCAUCUCUAGCACCCAGAACCGAAGCUAUUGUAAGCAGAAAGAGAUCCCCUUUUCGUCCCUCAGCGAAAUUCAUCAAAUCACUUCUCAGAGACGUUCGCCUCGCUCCUGACCUUUAUGCUUGGUCUUACUUGAGACGCAUCAGCGGAAAGACUUGAGUACUCGGACUGGGCCCAUUUGGCCCUCCCCGGGCGUUCCGUACAGGGUCCACAGAUGUGGCCUUCUUCUCGCAAAGUGAAUCUCGGGGGGCUGCUUUUUCUUGCGUUCGGAACGGGGAAAGCGGGAAAGCUGUCAUUGCGAGCACCACUAGCAAGCAGAGGACCAGGGACCUCGGACGGCCGGCACCUCUGAAAGCUCAGCGAACUUUCAGAAACAGCCGGCCCUCGAGGCUCGGGGUCCGCAGUCUGUCAAUCCCGGCAGGUCUUUCCUUUGCUCGUGUCUGAAAGCUCUCUGAACUUUCAUCCGAAAAAACGGCUGAAAGCUCACUGAACUUUCACACCGAUUCGCACUUGCAGAAUCCGACAAAUUCUGAAAGUUGUUGUUUUUCUGACAGAUGUUGCCUUCCUGAAAGUUCACUGAACUUUCAGAAAUAGCGACCUGCCGGGAACAACGGACUGCGGACCCCUCGCGCCUCGGCGAUUUCUGAAAGUUCAGUGAGCUUUCACAAAUACCUGAAGCCCGGUGCCCCGGCUACUUAUCUGCCUGCCAGUGAUGCGCAGCGGCGGACUCCCAUUCCCCCUCUUGUUCUCUGCUAGGACAAAGAUGAACCGGCCCCCAGAGGUUCACCUGAGUACGGACGUAGGUGCGCCUGCAAGCAUUACACUGGCGCCUACCCUUGUGUAGAACUACUCAAGUUUUUCCGCUGGGUAUCGAGUAGUUUCCGAGAUUCAUGAAAGAUUAUUGCAAACCGCGAGAGGCCCAGCCACUUUCUGCUCUUGAAUUGCCGAGGGCUUCUGUGCGGAAAGCGGCGACCUCCGCCACAAGUAGCACGUACGAUUAUCUCUCUGUCGUGGUCCUCUGUGGGCUUUUCGCUGCUCCUGUGAUCGCCACGCUGUGCCUUCUCCUCCGUGCAGCUCUGCGCCGGGCUCGCCCGACCGAAGCCGAGAAAGCCUUGCGGGUUUUGGUUAUGGCAAUUCCCCACUCGCUCACACGCAAACGCGAGCCAAGAAAUGUGGCAAAAUAGUAGUAGAUGUGGCCAAGUCUGCCCACCUUGUUCACAGUCUCAACAAACUAGCCUGCUAAAACAAGAGCUAAGCUGCUCACAGACAUUUGAAGGAGGGUCAUUCAUCCUUUGUUUUUUCUAAUUUCGACAAGAAGAUCGAGGCAGAGGCGGGAGAGGAGGACGAAAUCCUUUACGGCGCGGCCUAAAUGAAGCUAGUAGAUCUUAGGGUUUAGAAGUUUGGAAGUAGGAUAGGAGGAGGGGUAGCAGUAGCGGCAGGAGGUCUGCAUAGAAGAGAUCGCUUUGAUAUUUGUUGUAGUAAGGGUAGACUGUGGGCACUGUUAGAUGAAGAGCCGUCAUAGAUGGAGAAAGGCAGACUUGUGAAUUUAUGGCAAUUCUCUAUUUUUCUUGUUCGGUGUAAUGAUGUUGCAGGAGUAUUUUUGGAUUCGGACAUGAAGGUGGCAGAUCUGAGCCGACCAAUCUCCUCGGCCGUCGGACUAUUGUAGGGGAGAGCCUGCCAUGAACUUGCAUACUUGACGUAGCGCCAAACAGUUUGUCUUCGAAGAAGACGCGGCUUUGUGCUAUGAUGUAGGACUGACUUUUGGACCAAAAUUGAGAGCGUUUGGGUACACUACUAACUGAAUACAUAGAAACUAAAGCUUGUGGAUUGAUUUGGAAAACAUGUACAGAGGGGCGUUUCUCGUGUAAGUAAAAACAAGAAUGAAUGUCAUCGAUGAAAGCAAUUACACGCGAAAAAUAUACAAAAUGCAAUCGAAAUGGGAAUGUUGUACUCUAAAUCACUUGGACGAUGCUCCGCUUGUAGUUACCACUGACUCGAGUGAUUGAAACUGCUCUAGAGAGCAGAAUCUUGAGAUACAUCAACAAUGAAAGAACUACUCGGGUACAAGAACUAGUAUAUCAAAUAAUCACAGUAUGGGAAUAUUCGCACAUUAAUGAAU